CUGCAACAUGCGUAUAUAUAUAUAAUGGCGUUAGGCAAAGAGUCAGCACUUAGUAUCUCGUAUCUAUAACAAGUUGAAGAUGAAUUGCGUUCUUCUCCUUCUGGUUGCCGUCGGCCUCUCCUGCGUCAUGGUAGCGCACGCCUCGCCCACCAUAGGUCUGCUGGCCGGUUUCGGCUCUCUCAGAGCAUCCCAAUACCAAUCCAUGCGGCGCUUUCACGGGCCUGGGUAUGGGCGAUACCACGGCCAUGGCUACAAGGCCCCUCGCAGAAGAUACCGGCCGCGCUUCGGCCGCUCCGCCGAAGCGCUCUCUGACGAGGAGGAGAGCCUGAUCCUAUCCACCGUGGUACCUGGAUCCCGAAGGCUGCAUUCACAAGACGUUGUGCCUCCUGGAGGCGAAGGACGAGUCUGAUCGCUCGCAGGACGAGAUCUUCGCCAACAAAACUCGUCACCUCACUUCUUACAGCACCUCCCUCGUCCUCGCCACACAAAUCGGCCGCCUGCUCUUCGCCAAAUGUUCGCUCGACGAGGAAUAGCUGUGCGAUGUCCUGCAUCUGGCGUGGGGCUGCGACUGCGACUCGGACCAGAGACAGGACUCACGUUUACUCUAGGGUGCACGGCGAGGCACGCAUUUAGCUUAUAUUAAGCUGGAUAUAUCAUGAUGGUGUCUGAAUAUGGCCUGCUUUUUAAAUAGUAAAUUGUACGAUUUUUUUGUUAUAUUGUUUCAUUCGUGGAAUAAAUUUGCUAUAGAA